AUGAUACCCUUUCCUCCACCGUCCUCUCCUCCAACGUCCACUCUACCACGAGUCUCCUCCACCGUCCUCUCCUCCACCGUCCUCUCUACCACCAGUCUCCUCCACCGUCCUCUCUACCACGAGUUUCCUCCACCGUCCUCUCUACCACCAUUUUCCUCCAACGUCCACUCUACCACCAGUCUCCUCCACCGUCCUCUCUUUCACCGUCCUCUCCACCACCGACCUCUCCUCCUUCGUCCUCUCAACCACCAGUUUCCUCCAACGCCCUCUCUACCACCAGUCUCCUCCACCGUCCUCUCUUCCACCGUCCUCUCCUCCACCGACCUCUCCUCCACCGUCCUCCCUACUACCAGUUUCCUCAAACGUCCACUCUACCACCACUCUCCUCCUUCGUCCUCUCAACCACCAGUCUCCUUCACCGUCCUCCCUACCACCAGUUUCCUCCAACGUCCACUCUACCACCAGUCUCCUCCACCGUCCUCUCUCCACCGUCCUCCGUCCUCUCUACCACCACUCUCCUCCACUCGUCCACUCAACCACCAGUCUCCUUCUCCGUCCGUCCCCUACCACCAGUCUCCUCCACCGACCUCUCUUCCACCGUCCUCUCUACCACCAUCCCUCUCCUCCACCGUCCUCUCUACCGUCCCAGUCUCCUUCUCCCGUCUCCGUCCCCUACCACCAGUUUCCUCCAACGUCCUCACCUACCACCAGUCUCCUCCACCGUCCUCUCUACCACCAGUCUCCUCCACCGUCCACCUCCUCCCCUACCACCAGUCUCCUCCACCGUCCUCUCUACCACCGUCCUCCACCGUCCACCACCACCUCUCCUCCAACGUCCCUCUACCACCAGUUUCCUCCACCGUCCUCUCAACCACCAGUCUCCUUCACCGUCCUCCCUACCACCAGUUUCCUCCAACGUCCACUCUACCACCAGUCUCCUCCACCGUCCUCUCUUCCUCCGUCCUCUCUACCACCACUCUCCUCCUUCGUCCUCUCAACCACCAGUCUCCUUCACCGUCCUCCCUACCACCAGUUUCCUCCAACGUCCUCUCAACCACCAGUCUCCUUCACCGUCCUCCCUACCACCAGUUUCCUCAAACGUCCACUCUACCACCAGUCUCCUCCACCGUCCUCUCUUCCUCCGUCCUCUCUACCACCACUCUCCUCCUUCGUCCUCUCAACCACCAGUCUCCUUCAUCGUCCUCUCAACCACCAGUCUCCUCCUUCGUCCUCUCAACCACCAGUCUCCUCCUUCGUCCUCCCUACCACCAGUCUCCUCCAUCGACCUCUCUAUCACCAUUUUCCUCCACCGUCCUCUCUACCACCAGUUUCCUUCUUCGUCCUCUCUACCAUAAUUACUGGAAUUCUCCUCCAUCGACCUCUCAACAACCAGUUUCCUUCCUCGUCCUCUCAACCAUCAGUUUUCUUCCUCGUCCUCUCAACCAGCAGUCUCCUGCACCGUCCUCUCUAUCACCAGUUUCCUCCAUCGACCUCUCAACCACCACUUUCCUUCUUCGUUCUCUCUACCACCAGUCUCCUCUACAGUCCUCACUAUUACCAGUUUCCUCUACCGUCCUCUCUACCACCAGUCUCCUUCACCGUCCUCUCUACCACCAGUCUCCUUCACCGUCCUCUCUACCACCAGUCUCCUUCACCGUCCUCUCUACCACGAGUCUCCUUCACCGUCCUCUCUACCACCAGUCUCCUUCACCGUCCUCUCUACCACCAGUCUCCUUCACCGUCCUCUCUACCACCAGUCUCCUUCACCGUCCUCUCUACCACCAGUCUCCUCCAUCGUCCUCUCUACCACCAGUCUCCUCCACCGUCCUCUCUACCACCAGUCUCCUCCACCGUCCACUCUACCACCAGUUUCCUACAUCGACCUCUCUACCACCAGUCUCCUCCACCGUCCUCACUACCACCAGUCUCCUUCAUCGUCCUCUCUACCACCAGUUUCCCCCAUCAUCCACUCUACCACCAGUCUCAUUCCUCGUCCUCUCUACCACCAGUCUCCUCCAUCGUCCUCUCUACCACCAGUCUCCCCCAUCGUCUACUCUAUUACAUGACUUCCCCACUGUCAACUCUACUAUCAGUCUCAUUCCUCGUCCUCUCUACCACCAGUCUCCUCCAUCGUCCUCUCUACCACCAGUCUCCUCCACCGUCCACUCUACCACCAGUUUCCUACAUCGACCUCUCUACCACCAGUCUCCUCCACCGUCCUCACUACCACCAGUCUCCUUCAUCGUCCUCUCUACCACCAGUUUCCCCCAUCAUCCACUCUACCACCAGUCUCAUUCCUCGUCCUCUCUACCACCAGUCUCCUCCAUCGUCCUCUCUACCACCAGUCUCCCCCAUCAUCUACUCUAUUACAUGACUUCCCCACUGUCAACUCUACCAUCAGUCUCAUCCCUCGUCCUCUCUACCACCAGUCUCCUCCAUCGUCCUCUCUACCACCAGUUUCCUCCACCGUCCACUCUACCACCAGUCUCCUUCACCGUCCUGUCUACCACCAGUCUCCUCCAUCGUCCACUCUACCACCAAUCUCCUCCACCGUCCACUCUACCACCAGUCUCCUUCACCGUCCUGUCUACCACCAAACUCCUCCAUCGUCCUCUCUACCACCAGUUUCCUCCAUCGUCCACUCUACCACCAGACUUCCCCACCGACAACUCUACCACAAGUCUCCUCCACCGUCCUCUCAACCACCAGUUUCCUCCAUCGUCCUCUCUAUCACCAGUCCCCUCCAUCGUCCACUCUACCACCAGUGUUUCUCCAUCGUCCACUCUAUCACCAGUCCCCUCCAUCGUCCACUCUACCUCCAGUCUCCUCCAUCGACCUCUCCUCCACCGUCCUCCUUACCACCAGUUUCCUCUAUCGUCCACUCUACCACCAGUCUCCUCGACCGUCCUUUCAACCACUAGUCUCCUUCACCGUCCUAUCUACCACUUGUGCUUCUUUUCAAUUGAAAUGGGAUUAUUUGUUUCAAUGAACUUCAUAUGUUUUCCACGUGACUAG